UUGUUGAUAAUGAAAUGUGGUGUGGAUAUUCACUGUUAAACAAAAGUUAACUGAACGUUAGGCACUUUGUUCGGCUGUUAAAUAUCUCCUCAUUGUCUGCAGUGUCCAGGUGUAGACAGUCUGCGCUGCUCGACACUACAUUCCUCCACCGGCUCAUUAACGGUAUGCAAAGCAGGCGGCCAUGGCUUGGAAGUCGAGGACCCGAAAUCUACAGGUGUUCGACACGGAGCUGAGCGCGGACACGGUGGAGUGGUGUCCUGUUGCACCGAGCCACGACAUCCUGGCCUGCGGGACAUACCAGCUGCAGAAAGGGACAGGUGAGGAGGAUGCCACCCCGAGCCGGACCGGUCGUUUGUAUCUUUUUGAAUUCCGGCGAGAGGGAUCGAUGAGCCCCCCUCUCACUGAGCUACAGCGCAUAGACACAGCGGCCAUUCUAGAUUUGAAAUGGUGCCAUGUGCCGGUGUGUGGGGAGGCCCUGCUGGGGAUGGCAGCCGCCACUGGAGAGCUGCAGCUGUACACGCUGUCCGACAGUCAGGAAGGGGCCCGCAGUCUGCACCCUCUGUGCAGUUUGGAGGUGGGAGCCGAGCGGCUGGCUCUGUCAUUGGACUGGUCCACUGGAAGAAUGGAAAG